AUGAUCGACAAACGUACUAGUCGUCAACAUUAUGAACAUGUGCCAAGAGUUUCACAAAAACCACAAACUAUUAUUGUUGUCUACGAUCAACCAAAAGUAAGUGUGAUGCGUCGUUAUACAAGAACUAUUGUUACACUUAUUAAUCCUGAUGAAUAUCAAAAUCAAUUUGAUACUAUUUUACUUGAUACAUCAGCAUUGCUCGAUCUCGCUCGUCGAUUGAACAUUGAAGAAAAUAUGAUCACAUUACCAUCAAUACAAUAA